GGAAAUUUGAUCCAGACUCAUCGGCGCUAGGCCUGUGAUUUACAUGAAGAAGUCCAAAAAGGUUCAAAGCUUUCUGAAGUUUAGAACUGAAUCGGUCAUCGUGACUCAGUCCAGACGCUACACGUUAUACUGUAUAUGGAGCUUGGAAAAUAGUGUGAUAAAUGUCACUAGAUUCUGUCCUCUUAUAUAAAUGUUGCUGUUAUGUUUCUUAUUAUCAGAAUAAUUGUUUUUGUGUACUAUAUAGUUGAUUUAUAAAUGCUGUAUGUUGUCAUAAAUUAACAGGAUUUUUAUUUCUCUGUAUUUGAUCAAGUUUGGGUUCUAUGGUGAUAAAGAAAUGAAGAAGUCUGCAGUGAAACUCCUGCUGAAUCUCAGUGUUGCUGCAGUUGAAAAUGUCACAGUUACAGGAACAAGAUUCUCUACUCUGCUGUCGUCUGUGUGCAGUUACAAAACCUUCCCUUUUCAUGAAGAGUGGUAUUAUUAUGUUUAUCAGAGUGAUUUCCUGCUGGAUCUUUACUCACAUGUGAAGAACUAUGAGACUCAAACAGGCAGGAGUUUCCUUCCAGCAUUACAGUCAGUUUUCCAGUCUCCUGAUGUCUGGAUCAUAGAUCUCUCACAGAGAAAGACCUCCGUCCUCCUGGAAGUGCUGAAACUCCAGACAGAGAAGAAACCAGUAGAGCUGAGCGGAUGUUCAGAGGAAGAGAGUGAAAUGAAGAGUUUCCUUCAGUGUCUGUCCUACAUCUCACAGCUGAGCUGUUCUGAGCAGUGUUUGUUAGCUUUAGUUGAAGUGGUUGAGCUCAGAGAGAAUCCAGAGCUGGUGACUUCACUGUUGGAGCUUCUCGGCUCCUCCGUCAGUCUGGAAGGAAGUUUACCCAGUAAAUCCUGCAGGUCUGUGGGACGAGUCUUACGCUUCUCUUCUGACAGACUCAACCUCUCUCUAAAACCUAAAGCCAUCUCUAUAAGAGGAACCAGGCUUCUCUUCAGACACAUCACACACAUACACACACUCAGGCUGAGUGUUUAUAUGGUGCUGAGAAUAGUGCAGGUGUUGAGGUCAAUGAGGGUUCAAACUCCCGUCACUGUUAAUGAACUCACACUUGAUCUGAAUGGUGAACGGCUGUCAGAGAGGAAGUGGUCGAGAGUCCUGAGCAGUUUGGCCAUCUUUCUGAGACGCUGGACUGUCCAGUGUUUGAACCUGACUGAACACAAGAUGGCGUCUGUUUCUCUAUGUGUCCUAUUGUGUCACCAGGCCCCAGUGAUUCUCAGAGCGUCUAAAGAGAGUCUCCAGAAGCUGGUUGAAUGUGUCUAUGAAGCUCAGGAAGAGGAACUGACUCAGCACUUCCUGCAGAAAGUGGGCGGAGAUCUGACUUCCUGUUCCUUGAGCUGGGAAGAGCUUCACUAUUUCCUGCGGCACAGAAUUCAACAAAUCACUGUGAACUUCAGAAAGAGCGACAUUCGGUGCAACAUCAGAGAAAUCCUGCCAUUUCUGAACAGGAUUCAGUUUAAACGGAUGAGCUCUGUCUUCAUGCUGUCUGUAAUCACAGAGAUCUAUGAGAGCGGCUCUGUUGAGUGUGUGUUCAGUCUGUUGAGUUCAGUGCAGAACUACAUCAGCCUGCAGAGCAGAGAUCUGGACUCUGGCCACUGUGCGGCGCUGCGCUUCACACUGCAACACUGCACUGCAGUUUCACUCGACCUGCUGUGGACCUCCAUCCCAGAGGAAGAGCUGGAGAGCAUUGUGCCUCUCUUCAGACAUGUGUCCCGCAUGAGGUCUCGCUGCUUUACUCUGGAGAGGCUUCUCAAUGCGAAGGCUGCGUUCCUCCUUUACCAGUCCUUCUGAAGCGUUACACACUGGAGUCUAGUGGAUCUCAUAUUAAUAAUAUAUCUU